AUCCUUUAUAUAAUAUAAAAAUGUUAAAUAGUUAUAAGAUGAACACAUUCGUUAGCAGAUGUUGAAUCUUCUUGAUGAAACUAGAUAUGAAAGUAAAUCUUUGCGAAUUUAUAUUCCUACAUGUACUACUGAUUAGUGCAACAGCAGAGUAUGUAAGAGUCUGCUAUUAUACCAACUGGGCACACUAUCGAUCAGGGAUAGCCAAGUUUACACCACAAAACAUCGACCCGUUCCUUUGUACCCAUAUUGUGUAUGCUUUCGCAAAGAUUGUAGCUGGACCAAUGCUAUCACCUUACGAAGAAAACGAUGCAGCUCUUGCUAAUUAUUAUCAAAAGGUUGUUGAUUUAAAAAAAGUAAACCCUUCCCUGAAGGUUCUACUAGCAGUAGGAGGCUGGACACAUGAAGGAGGAAGUUAUAGUCCAUUUUCUAACAUGGUACAACUAUCAUCUACAAGGAAAACCUUUAUAGCCAAUACCAUCGCUUAUUUGCGUAAAUAUAAUUUCGAUGGAUUGGACUUAGAUUGGGAAUACCCAGCAGCUUCAGGUCGAAAUUCCCCACCUGGAGAUAGAGAGAAAUUUACAAUGUUGUGUCAAGAACUAAAGGAAGCAUUUCAAGGUGAAUUUUUAUUGACCGCAGCAGUUUCUGCAAGUUCCAAGAAGGUGCCAACUUAUUAUGAAACAAACAAACUUGGUGUAUACUUGGAUGCUCUUCAUUUAAUGAGUUAUGAUCUUCACGGUUCAUGGGAAUCAAAGACAGGUCACCACACCAGCAUGGACGAAUCUGAUGAGCUUUCUGUCACUAAUGGUGUGGAUGUCUGGAUUAACGGAGGCUUUCCUUCCACAAAAAUUGCUCUUGGUCUAGGGAAUUACGGAAGAAGUUUCCAGUUAUCAACCUCUGGCAGUUACAUUGGCGCUUCUUCAAAUGGCGCAGGCUUAGGCGGAAAACAUACUGCAGAAGACGGAUUAUUGGCUUAUUAUGAAAUAUGCGAGAAAAUAAAAAUGGGCGGAAUGACCGUGAUUGAGUCAAAUUCGGCGCAUGCUCCUUAUGCAUACAAAGGAAAUCAAUGGGUUGGUUAUGAUAAUGAGGCCAGCAUGAGGUGUAAAGUGAAAACUUUAAUCAAAGGCAAAAAUCUAUUGGGUGCGAUGUUCUGGGCAUUGGAUUUAGAUGAUUUCAGUGGUCAGUUUUGUAAUGCUGGGAAAUAUCCCUUAAUGAAAGCUGUUAAAGAUGAAUUAAGCAACGACGUAGCCACAACAACAACAACUCCAUCUACGUCUAUUUCAUCAACCACCUCAACUUCAACAUCUUCUGCAACAGCCAGAACAACAACAAAAUCACCGUCACCGCCAACAUCAUCAACAACUACGACGAAAGGUCAAACUAUUUCAACAUCCAGUUCGUCGACAAUUUCUUCUAGAAGCAGCUGCAUCGCAAUCGGACCAUGGUACCAAAUUGCUGCCGAGGACGAAUGGUGCAAAACAAGUUGCGCUGCAGGCUCCUGUCCAGCUGAUCAUUGCUCCUGCGAUCCAAAAUGGAAGCCAUGGACACAUUGUCGUGCAAUAGGUGGUUGGAGUGGGCAAGAAUCGGUAGAUCAGUAUUGUAAUGAGCACUGUGCUAUUGGAAACUGUCCAAGUAGUAUGUGUUCUUGUGAGGGAACAUCCCCAGUAACAACGCCAACGACAACGACGACAAAAGGACCAACGACAAAAUCACUGUCAUCAUCACCGACGACGACGACGAAAGGAACAACAACAAAAUCACCGUCACCGCCAACAUCAUCAACAACUACGACGAAAGGUCAAACUAUUUCAACAUCCAGUUCGUCGACAAUUUCUUCUGGAAGCAGCUGCAUCGCAAUCGGACCAUGGUACCAAAUUGCUGCCGAGGACGAAUGGUGCAAAACAAGUUGCGCUGCAGGCUCCUGUCCAGCUGAUCAUUGCUCCUGCGAUCCAAAAUGGAAGCCAUGGACACAUUGUCGUGCAAUAGGUGGUUGGAGUGGGCAAGAAUCGGUAGAUCAGUAUUGUAAUGAGCACUGUGCUAUUGGAAACUGUCCAAGUAGUAUGUGUUCUUGUGAGGGAACAUCCCCAGUAACAACGCCAACGACAACGACGACAAAAGGACCAACGACAAAAUCACUGUCAUCAUCACCGACGACGACGACGAAAGGAACAACAACAAAAUCACCGUCACCGCCAACAUCAUCAACAACUACGACGAAAGGUCAAACUAUUUCAACAUCCAGUUCGUCGACAAUUUCUUCUGGAAGCAGCUGCAUCGCAAUCGGACCAUGGUACCAAAUUGCUGCCGAGGACGAAUGGUGCAAAACAAGUUGCGCUGCAGGCUCCUGUCCAGCUGAUCAUUGCUCCUGCGAUCCAAAAUGGAAGCCAUGGACACAUUGUCGUGCAAUAGGUGGUUGGAGUGGGCAAGAAUCGGUAGAUCAGUAUUGUAAUGAGCACUGUGCUAUUGGAAACUGUCCAAGUAGUAUGUGUUCUUGUGAGGGAACAUCCCCAGUAACAACGCCAACGACAACGACGACGCCCUUACCUUCUGAAAGCAGCUGCAUUGCAAUCGGACCAUGGUACCAAAUUGCUGCCGAGGACGAAUUGUGCAAAACAAGUUGCGCUGCAGGCUCCUGUCCAACUGAUCAUUGCUCUUGCGAUCCAAAUUGGAAGCCAUGGACACAUUGUCGUGCAAUAGGUGGUUGGAGUGGGCAAGCAGUAAUGGAUAAGUAUUGUAAUGAACACUGUUCUGUUGGAAACUGUCCAAUUUAUAAGUGCUCUUGUAGUAAUUAAGUUGCAUGUGCUUAAAGUUUUAUUUGUUAUUUUGGUAAUUUCUUUUAACUUUUUCUGUUAUUUUAUGUAGAGAAACAACAGCACAUCUGUUUCACCAAUUACAAAAACCGUUUUUAAAUUUCAGCGUGGCUUAGUUUAAUAAAAAUUUUUAUGCAUCUAUUUGCAAACACAAAACAUCAAAACAAAUUCUUAAAACGGCGAUAAAUAAGCAAACUAGUAAUUCGGUUGUGACUGUCGUUAUAUUAAAUAAUGUCCCCCUCAAUUUCUUCAGUUUAAUUUGAAAAACAGAAAUUUCUAUGGCAGUUAUUUUUUAAUAACAUUUUAAGUAAAAUUACAUAAUGAAUAUUCAAUAAGACGCCGCAUAUCUUUUCUUUUUUUUCUGAUUUCAUUUAACUGUAGGAGGAGCUGGUAAAACCAAAGAAAUAAAUCAACUUUUCGUCCCUCCAUUAUUUAAAUACGUCACAAAAUGAAAAACCCUUUAUUUGUAUUUCUUAUUUUCAGUAAUUGUUGUUUUAAAAAAGUGAUUUGAAAUGAAAGGUAUGCAGUUUUUAUUUUUAGUAUUUAAUAUUCUUAUAAUUUUUAUGUUCUAAUUAGAAAGGUAGCAUUUUGGGAAAUCCGCUAGUGUUUGCCAUGUGUAGGAAUCCACGUGCAGCCAUUUUUUCAUUGGGACAUCCCUCGAUAUUAGCUAAAAAGGCGAAAAGAGAGUUUGGGCGCGAGGUUGUUAUAUAGCAGGACUACUAAUAGUUUAUUUACACUUUAUCAACUUGGGGAAAAAAUUUAAAUCACUAAUCGUAGCACCAAUUUAAGAGCAAAACAAAGUAAAUAAGUGAUGCAAAAAAGGCAAGAUCCAACCUCUUUCCCAGCGCCUGUUGUCAUCCGAUGUUAGAAAAGAUACAAGAUGCACUGGGGACGAGAUUGGGCAAGAUCUUCGCACCUAUAUCAAUUUUUGACAUACCAUCCCAAAUGUAGCUAUAGGAUAACCCAGGGCUCCUUAAGAUCCACUUGUUGACGAAAAAAUCGCUAAUUAAAUGUUAAUAUAACAUGUAUAAUAAAAAUAGAUAAUAAAAAAUAAAAUGAUAAAUAAUACGCCACGUG